CAUCAGGUUUCUCUCUGCUAUAUGUCUAUGGCCGCGGACAUUGGCCGCCUCUAUUACCUUUAUUACAAUAAAAUGUCGAAAAUAAUAGUAUCGGAGUAAAAAAAUUUUUUAACAAAUAAUGGCGAAUUUUACCGAAGAUUUAUUUGACGUUUUUGAUGAGCAUGGCGAUGAUGUGGAAAUACCGGACAUUUCGAAGAAAAUCGAAUCGGAUGCGGGAAUAAAGCGACAGCUUGACACUGAAGAUGAUAAGUCGUUUGUUAAGAAAUUACGACAUGAUCCUAUUCUGGAUGACAUUAAUCUAGAGGAUAUGAUAUGUCGAAUAAAAGUACAUAAUAUAGAGACUAUGGAAUCUUGUAUGCACGAGGUUGCUAUUCCACCUGAGCAAGAAUAUGUACCCUUAGAACAUAAACAGGGUAAACCAGCCAAAGAAUAUAAAUUUAUACUCGAUCCAUUCCAAAAAGAAGCAAUUUUAUGCAUUGAGAAUAAUCAGUCAGUUCUUGUUUCCGCUCAUACUUCAGCUGGUAAAACUGUUGUAGCCGAGUAUGCAAUAGCAUGUUCACUUAAGGAUAAGCAGAGGGUGAUAUACACAACUCCAAUUAAAGCAUUAAGUAAUCAGAAGUAUAGAGAAUUUCAUGAGGAAUUUAAAGAUGUUGGUCUGGUAACAGGUGAUGUUACUAUAAAUCCAACAGCUAGUGUAUUAAUUAUGACUACCGAAAUUUUACGUAAUAUGCUGUACAGAGGCUCAGAGGUAAUGCGUGAAGUUGGUUGGGUAAUCUUUGAUGAAAUUCAUUACAUGCGCGAUAAAGAAAGAGGCGUGGUGUGGGAGGAGACGCUUAUAUUGUUGCCGGAUAAUGUACAUUAUGUAUUUCUUUCUGCUACCAUACCGAAUGCACGACAAUUUGCAGAGUGGGUGGCACAUUUGCAUAAUCAGCCUUGCCAUGUGGUCUCUACGGAUUACAGACCUACUCCUUUACAACAUUACAUAUUUCCAGUUGGUGGUGAUGGAAUUCAUCUGGUUGUAGAUGAAACUGGUCAAUUUAAAGAAGAAAAUUUUAACAGAGCUAUGGCCUGUCUGCAGAAUAUAGGUGAUGCGGCUAAAGGUGACACAAAAGGACGUAAAGGUGGCUUGCGCGCUACUAAUAGUGGACAAACAAAUAUCUUCAAAAUGGUAAAAAUGAUCAUGGAGAGAAAUUUUGCCCCCGUGAUAAUCUUUAGUUUUUCAAAGAAAGACUGUGAAGUUUAUGCAAUGCAAAUGGCCAAACUAGAUUUGAACACAUUAGAAGAAAAAAAAUUAGUGGAUGAGGUUUUCAAUAAUGCGAUAGAUGUCCUUAAUGAUGAGGACAAAAAGUUACCGCAAGUUACGAACUUGCUGCCACUUUUACGGCGUGGAAUAGGUAUUCAUCAUGGUGGACUCUUGCCAAUUUUGAAGGAGACAGUCGAGAUAUUAUUCGGCGAAGGUUUGAUCAAAGCGCUUUUUGCCACUGAAACAUUCGCAAUGGGUUUAAACAUGCCUGCACGAACAGUUUUGUUUACGGCACCCCGUAAAUUCGAUGGUAAGGACUUCCGUUGGAUCACAUCAGGUGAAUAUAUUCAAAUGUCCGGCCGUGCGGGCAGGCGAGGUCUAGACGACAAAGGAAUUGUAAUAUUAAUGAUAGACGAACAAGUUAGUCCAGUUAUCGGUAAAGCUAUUGUUCAAGGAAAACCAGAUCCAAUAAAUUCUGCAUUUCAUCUGACCUAUAACAUGGUGCUUAAUCUUCUUCGAGUGGAAGAGAUUAAUCCAGAAUACAUGUUAGAAAGAAGCUUCUUCCAAUUUCAAAAUCAAGCUGGUAUUCCAGCUUUGUAUAAUAAAGUAAAGGAAUUAUACACUACCUACAAUACCGUGAAUGUUGAGAGAUAUGAUGAGAUUUCUUCUUAUCAUAAUAUACGCGAACAACUCGAUCGUUUGAGCGGAGAGUUUCGAUCAUUUUUAACGCAACCAGAAUAUUUGGUUCCAUUUUUACAACCCGGAAGACUAGUAAAAGUGAGAAAUGAAUUUGAAACAUUCGAUUGGGGUAUUAUAGUAAACUUUAAAAAGAAAAAUCAGAAAAAUCCAGUAAAAGAUAAGACUAUUAUUAUCAUUGAUAUUUUACUUCACAUAUCGAAAGAUUCCAAAGAAGGCAAUCCAAUUCCAUGUCGCGAAGGAGAAGAAGGUGAAAUGGAAGUAGUUCCUGUUUCACAUAAUUUAAUUUCUCAAAUCAGUUCACUCAGAUUAUAUUAUCCAAAAGACCUCAGACCAUCUGAUAAUAGAAAGAGUGUAUUGAAAACAAUACGAGAAGUAAAGAAAAGAUUCCCAGAUGGUCCACCAUUACUCAAUCCUAUUACAGAUAUGCACAUAGAGGAUCAAAGUUUUAAAGAUAUUGUUAAAAAAAUUGAAGCAUUAGAAAAAAGAUUAUAUGCACAUUCUUUGCAUAAAGAUCAGAAUGUAAAUGUAUUAUAUGAACAAUUUUUACACAAGGAGGAAUUGGCUGUACAGCUUAAACAAUCCAAGGAAGAAUUUAAGCAGGCUAAGUCUAUACUUCAGAUGAAUGAACUUAAAUGUAGAAAGCGUGUUUUAAGAAGGAUGGCAUAUUGCACAUCGGCGGAUAUUAUAGAAUUGAAAGGACGUGUAGCUUGCGAAUUGAACGGUGCCGACGAGCUAUUAAUGACAGAGAUGAUCUUCAAUGGUCUUUUCAAUGCUUUAAGUGUACCGCAAAUGGUGGCAUUGAUAAGUUGUUUUGUAUGUGAUGAAAAGUCGAACGAAAUGCCUAAAAGCACAGAGGAAUUAAGCGGUCCACUCAGACAGAUGCAAGAUUUGGCUCGUAGAAUAGCAAAGGUUUCAACAGAGGCCAACUUGGAAUUAGACGAGGAUGCAUAUGUCGAUAGAUUUAAACCAUAUUUAAUGGACGUUAUAUAUGCUUGGUGCAAAGGCGCAACAUUCUUACAAAUUUGUAAAAUGACAGAUAUAUUUGAAGGAUCUAUUAUUAGAUGCAUGCGUCGUUUAGAAGAAGUGCUUCGACAACUAUGUCAAGCUGCAAAAGGUAUUGGAAAUACAGAUUUGGAAAAUAAAUUUAGUGAAGCAAUCAAACUUAUAAAACGUGAUAUUGUGUUUGCGGCGUCCUUAUAUUUAUAAUGUAA